UAGCCCUCCGCCUUCUAAAACCCUUUGUUAUACAGCUCCCUCCUAGAUCUUCCCAUUUCCACCGCCGCUGUCACUUCCGGCACUGUCUCCGGUAACCGCUGAAGAACGAUGGCGACUCAGGCUGCUGCUGCUGCCUCAUUCAAGGGCAACUUAAAGAAAGCUGUGGCAGGUAUAAAGCGUAUCAAUCUCGACGGUCUUCGUUGGCGUGUUUUUGAUGCCAGAGGCCAGGUUCUUGGUAGACUAGCUUCCCAGAUAUCAACCGUGCUUCAAGCCAAAGAUAAGCCUACUUAUUGUCCUAACCGCGACGAUGGCGAUAUUUGUAUUGUUCUCAAUGCUAAGGAAAUCGGCUUCACAGGAAGAAAGCUCACUGACAAAUUCUACCGUUGGCAUACUGGGUACAUCGGACACCUGAAGGAACGGAGUCUGAAAGAUCAGAUGGCCAAAGAUCCCACAGAGGUCAUUCGUAAGGCUGUCUGGCGCAUGCUUCCAAGUAACAAUUUGCGUGAUGACAGGGAUCGGAAGCUGAGGAUAUUUGAAGGCGGUGAGCAUCCUUUUGGGGACAAGCCACUUGAGCCAUUUGUGAUGCCGCCUCGUAGAGUUAGAGAGAUGCGACCGCGCGCAAGGCGAGCAAUGAUCCGUGCGCAGAAGAAGGCAGAGCAGGCAGAAAAUGAGGGAACAGAGGUAAAGAAAGGAAAGAAGAGGACCCUCUCUGAAGUACCUGCGUAGAGGAAUUACUUCAGAGGAAAGCUAGUGAUGUGACUGUCUUUUUAUUUGUAAGCAAAGUUCAUAAUGCAGACGUGGAUAAGCUUUUAAGGCUUUCUUGUUUCUCAGACAAUAAACCUGUUUCUGGAUCUCAAACACUGUAUCACAAAUGAAGCCAAAACCAUCUUCCUUAAACAUGGAUCUGUUUCUGGUUAUCUUUCAGUUUUCUUCGUUGCAAAAAACAGAGCAAUCUCACGCCAAACACUGCAUGACUACAGAAUGUUACUGAUGGAAAAUGGGUAAAUGCAUCCUUGGUUCCAUAAACGUGUGAAAUUUGUGAAUAAGACGGAAGAAUUCGUAAAAAAGGGCAAUAGUAACAUCCUUGGUUUGUUUCUUUUCUUCACCAACAACAAUACAAAACAUCUAAACCUACGAAGAAACCACACACAACAAAAGAAAACAAAGAUUGUUGUAGCUUCAUCUGAGAAAAAAGUACUCUCGCUCUUAGUUAACUUUGGUAUAUUUUCUAUCUUUGCACAAGAUGUGCCAUUCUUGGAGCACUGCUGCCUGAAGCGCCAUGUGCUCUGUUUCUUCUGCUGUCAGCUUAGAAAAUGUUCCUUUUUCCUUCUCUUUUUUCUUCUUCUCUUCCUUGUCCUUUCCCUCUUCUUUCUCCUUUUUCUCUUUUACUUCUUCAUCAUCAUCUUCUUCUUCUCCUUCUUCUUCUU